AUGUCGUUCACGAUGCUCAAACUCAUGGCUCCCUCGCCUCCAACCUUACCGGCUGUCCCCUCACUUGCCGAACUGCAGAAACACGCAGAAUCACUCACGGCUGCCUUACCUUCGUACUCGAGCUUUGUCACUCCGGCCGCUGCUGACUCGAACAGCAAAGGCCAGGUCGACUUGGCCACUGCAGGCUUAGCGCAGGACCAGGGACAAGUCAAGAGCAAGCCCAUACCCAUGGUGACGAUUCACUCCACCUCCAACCCUUCGGGACCCGGCAACCAGAAUGUGGUCUCCCAGGGAGGAGGAGAUGAUCGCUCUUGGCUCGCCGGCGUCGUUCUCGGCCCCUGGGGCUCUGCCAGUGCUGGAUCCAGCUCCGAAAUCCCUCCGCCGAGCUACAAAGCUCGAGACCCUACCGCCAUCGCAUUGACCCAAAAGCAACUCAGGGAGGAGAUGCAGUCUGAUCGGGCCCGCGCCCAGACGGCACCAGGACUAGGGAGGCAAGAUGAGGAUCAAGGCCGAGCGGGGUUGUUGGGGAUGCAGAAGGGGUGGUUUGGCGUUGGGGUAAAGAAGGGGGUGAUCCAGGGUGGGAUACCCGGUGAUGGGAUUGCGGUGGGCGGGGAUAGGCGGACUGAUCGCUGGGGCCGGGAGAUGGGGAGGAAGAAUCAGCCGAUGAUUGGAGACUUCUCCAGCAGCUCGCUGCCUGCCGAGAAGCACGCGUUCCGAUGUGGAGCUUGA